UUCCUUUUUUCGCACUAUCUGGAACCCGCCCUGCCCGGCCGCUCACCCGAGCCUCGCGCGCCAUGUUCUCAUCCGCCCGUCACGCACACAACAUUCUACACUCCUUCCUCUUCCUUAAAUCCCGCCACUCCCUCUCUCGCCUUCCGCACGUGCGAAGACCCUGUUUCUCAAUUUCGUCCUUCUUACGUCGUCCCACUUCCUCCUCAUUCUCGAGCAUUUCGUCCGCCGCGGCCAUGGGCUCCCUCUCGGACCCUCUGCUGCCGCUACGCUACCCGCCGGCACGCCGCGACGAAUCCGUCGUCGACGACUACCAUGGCACCCUCAUUUCCGACCCCUAUCGCUGGCUGGAGAAUCCGGAUUCGGAGGAGACGAAAGCGUUCGUGGAGGCUCAGGUGGCGCUUACGGACUCGGUUCUGGUGGAGUGCGGGGAGAGAGAGCGGCUGCGCGACGAGAUUACCAAGUUGUUUGACCAUCCACGGUACGAAACGCCCUUCAAGCGGGGAGGGAAGUAUUUCUAUUUCCACAACUCCGGCCUUCAGGCGCAGAGCGUUCUGUAUGUCCAGAGCGAUUUGGAAUCGGAAGCGGAAGUUGUACUCGAUCCGAAUUCACUGAGCGAGGACGGGACGGUGGCACUUAGCACUGCUGCGAUUAGCAGGGACGGGAAAUACCUGGCAUAUGGGCUUAGCUUGAGUGGGAGCGACUGGGUAACCAUAAAAGUAAUGCGGAUCGAUGACAAGAAGCCCGAGCCUGAUACGAUAUCAUGGGUUAAGUUCUCGAGCAUUAGUUGGACUCAUGAUGGGAAGGGGUUUUUUUAUGGAAGAUAUCCGGCGCCGAAAGAAGGGGGCGAUUUAGAUGCAGGGACAGAGACUGACAUCAAUCUUAACCAUCAGCUCUGCUACCAUUUUUUGGGAACUGAUCAGUCCGAGGAUAUAUUGUGCUGGAGGGAUCCUGAGAACCCCAAGUAUGUUUUUGAUGCAGUUGUCACCGAAGAUGGAAAGUAUGUUACGUUAGCUAUCACCGAAGACUGCGAUCCUGUAAAUAAGUUAUACUACUGUGAUUUAUCUGCAACUUCUGAUGGCCUUGAUGUACUCAAUGGAAGCAAAGAUAUGCUUCCAUUUGUCAAGUUGGUUGACAGUUUUGAAGCUCGCUAUGAUGUUGUUGCAAAUGAUGAUACUGAAUUUACAUUUUUAACCAAUAAAGAAUCUCCAAGGUACAAGUUAGUCCGUGUUGAUCUUAGUAAACCUGAAAUAUGGACUGAUGUAUUACCAGAAGACCAAAGCGAUGUGCUAGAGUCAGCUUAUGCUGUUAAUGGAGAUCAACUUCUGGUAUGCUAUCUUAGUGAUGUUAAGUAUAAAUUGCAAAUAAGAGACCUAAAAACUGGUCAAAUGCUACAUAAUUUACCUAUAGAUAUAGGAACUGUUACUGGGAUCUCAGGCAAGCGCAAAGAUGCUGAGGUUUUCAUUGGUUUCACUAGCUUUCUUACACCAGGAGUUAUUUAUAAGUGCAACUUGUCUGCAAAAGCUCCUGAAAUGAAAGUAUUUCGGGAGGUUUCUGUUUCUGGCUUUAAUCGAGCAGAUUUUCAGGCUGAGCAGGUUUUUGUUUCUAGUAAAGAUGGGACCAAGAUUCCAAUGUUCAUUGUUUCAAGAAAAAAUAUCACUCUUGAUGGGUCACAUCCGACAUUACUAUAUGGUUAUGGUGGCUUCAACAUUAGCUUGACACCAUCCUUUAGUGUGGGGCGGAUUGUUCUAGCUAGAAAUUUAGGUUUUGUGUUGUGUGUAGCAAAUAUUCGUGGUGGGGGUGAGUAUGGUGAAGAAUGGCAUAAAUCAGGAUCUCUUUCAAAGAAACAAAAUUGCUUUGAUGACUUCAUUGCCGUAUCUGAAUUCCUUAUCUCAACUGGUUAUACCACUUGCAAAAGACUAUGUAUUGAAGGUGGCAGCAAUGGCGGACUUCUAAUUGCUGCAUGUAUAAAUCAGCGGCCUGAUCUUUUUGGCUGUGCCAUUGCUCAUGUUGGUGUCAUGGACAUGCUUCGGUUCCACAAAUUCACAAUAGGUCACGCUUGGACAUCUGAUUAUGGUUGUUCAGAUAACAAGGAUGAAUUCCAAUGGCUUAUUAAAUACUCACCUCUUCAUAACGUGAAGAGACCAUGGGAGAAGUCUUCUGAUUCAUCUGGUCAAUACCCUCCAACCAUGUUGCUAACAGCUGAUCAUGAUGAUCGUGUGGUGCCAUUGCACUCAUUAAAAUUGUUGGCAACCAUGCAAUACAAACUCUGCACGAGCCUGGAGAAUAGUCCACAGAAGAAUCCCAUCAUUGCUCGCAUUGAUCGCAAGUCUGGUCAUGGAGCUGGUAGACCUACCCAGAAACUGAUUGACGAGGCCGCAGAUCGAUAUGGCUUCGCUGCGAAGAUGAUGGGAGUUUCUUGGAAUGAUUGAUUUGGUUUACUAAGAAGAUCAAUUUUAUAGCGCGCUCUCUAUAUGGAACUGAAACUCUGGUGCGUCAUUUUGUAUAAUAUCACAUCAUGCAGAAGAAAACAUAUGACUGCUUUGUGCUAUGUAGCCUGAAAUAAAAUAGAUGUUAUUUAUUCCUUUUGAUUCUAACUCCUAUCAUAAUAAUAAAUGCCUACCAAGCAUGUUUGCUUUC